UCUCUCUCUCUCUCUUCUGCACUUAUCCGCUGAGCUCCAUUUGCUUCACCGAACGAACGAACGAACGAACCAGUGAUGAUGAUAACGUGACCGAGCAACCAUUUCUGCUGCUGCUUCUUCUUCUUCUUCUUCUUCUUCUUCGUCGUCGUCGUCGGAAAGAGCUCUCGAUCACCGGACGAUCACGCAUGAGACUCGAAGCGGGGGCUCAUCACCACCGUCGUCUGUCCAGCGAAGCUCGAUGACCGACAUGGUUUCUGCCCCCGGCGGCAACGCGCUGCGGCACGUCCGCCUCCCGCGGAGCCCUGUCCUGCCCCGUUUCUUCUCGCCUCUGGCGAUGCCCCCCUUCUCGCUCCACAGGGCGGCGCCGCCGCCGCCCGUCCGCGCGCUGUGGACCGGAUCCGGGGGCGGCGGCGGCAGAGUCCGGAGCCGGGAGGCGCUGGGCUCGGACGUCGUGCGGAGGCCGAUUGUGUCGCCGGCGAAGGAUUUGACGGGGGAUUCGGUGGGGGACGAGGCGUCCGGAGGAGCGGAGAAGGCUGAUUUGAGCGGCAGAGGAGGCGAAGACAGUGAAGAGGAAGUGGAGGAGGAGGAGGAGGAAUGGGUUGAUUGGGAGGAUAAGAUAUUGGAGGACACCGUGCCUCUGGUUGGCUUUGUGAGGAUGAUUCUGCACUCUGGAAGAUAUCAAAGUGGAGAUCGAUUUAGUCCAGAACAUGAGACAACCAUUCUUGAGAAGUUGCUUCCCUAUCAUCCUGAGUUUGAAAAGAAGAUCGGUUGUGGAAUUGAUUAUAUCACGGUCGGGUACCAUCCUGAUUUUCAAAGCUCAAGGUGCUUGUUCAUAGUCCGCAAGGAUGGGGAGUUAGUUGACUUUUCUUAUUGGAAGUGUAUAAAAGGCCUCAUCAGGAAGAAGUAUCCUUUAUAUGCAGACAGCUUCAUUCUUAGGCAUUUUCGACGGCGAAGGCAAACUGAUGGACGGUAGCAUUUAUCUCAUUCGGCUUGUAACUUACUCAAAAAAAAGAAGGAAAGAAAGUAACAGCUUCCAUCUUCAUAUGCUGAGGAAUUCAUUCAGUCUUAUUGUUAUCUCUCUUCUGCUAUAAUCUAUCCCUACUGUGGGUAGAGGUUAGAAGGUUAAGAUUUAUUGUAAUAUUAUUGUGAAUUUGGUUCAAUUGUCAGAGGUUGCCGAUCCUUUGUCGGUGAGCUGAUUUUACCUAAUGCGUUAUGGCCUAUAGGAGGUAUACUAAGAUGCAUUGUAAGUUUGCUCAUCAUACCUGGUAAUCUUUUGAGAACAGUUCGCAUAAUUUAGUCUUGUACAGACGUCUUUAUGCAAUGCACACAUGAGAUUUUUCGUUCA